AGCUGGCGUUUUGAUAGGUCCCAUAUUUGAAUUUACUUAUUUUACUUAGCUACAAAGAUAUAAAGGUGUGGAAUGAGAGUAUAACAAAUGUUUUAAGAUUUAUCCAUUAUUAACACUACGGGUUUUAAGAUAGGCCAUUUCCUUAAAAUUUUUUUUAAGUUUUUAAGGAAGGUAUCGAGAUGUAUUAUUUAGAAUUCAUAUUUACAGGGCUAGUAAUUUCACUUGGAUCAGAGAGAAUUUAUUGAAUUACUUGAUUCCAAACAUAUAUUAUUUCUAUUAAUCGUUAUGUUCCUUAAAAUCCCAUAUUAAACCCGUUUAUUCUAUACGCAGUCAAAGCAUUUGCAAUCUUUCUUCAGAAACCAUUGCAAAGAAGCAGUCAGGAAAGGGAUUUAUAUUUACAUAUAUACUCUGACAAUUCGAGGGAGGUUUGAAUACCAGGUUUUGCGUGAGUGCUGUGCAAAUUAUGCUGCGUUAGGUGUUUCGGUCAUCCAUUCUGCCACGCAAGUAAUCCCCUCCGAUCCGAUCCUGCAGCUCACCAUUGAUCAAUUCCUGCAACUGCAAGAGCGGAUCCGUAACUUCGAGGGCAUGCUUGGCGGCGGCAGCGGGGAGCGUCUGUGCACGCCAAGCACUUCGGCCGGCCCCUUCCGCAUCUUCUCCGUGGCCGGAUUCCAGAACCGGGCCAAUGACAUUGUCUACUGCCCGCCGAUCGUGCGCCAGCACUCUGUGCACGUGCCGGAGGACUCAACGGCCAUCAUUUACUUUGGCGGCGACGUACAGGACUUCCCGGAGAGCAUGGAAACGAACCGAGAUAGCCGGGGCUACAUGAAGUACAACCUCGAGAACUCGGCGAUCCUUCUGCGCGAGGCUUUUCCUAGGUCACACAUCAUCGUCAUUCGGCCAGUGCGCAUGGAGUUUAAGACAUUCAGCUGCUUUGACAACUUUGUGAGGGGCAACAACGCUGGAGUUCCGGAUCACACGCCCAUGAAUCAUGCCCUCCAGCAUCUAGAAAAACUGCUCCAGAAUCUGUCGCAGCGGCUGAUAUCCAUACCAGAGAACGAAAUCCUGGAUCAGGCCGCUCAGGCGGCAGCAGCUGCGGCGGCGGUGGCUGCUGCUGCUGCUGCCGCUGCCCUGACGCUUUCCAACGCCACGGUCACCUCGGAGUCCAACUCGCAGUCGGCACCGGCCAGCGACAGCAGCCAGGAGAUGGACAUUGACAUUCUGCAAGUGCAGGAGAAUAUCACAGUGGACGCGGAUGGGGCGGUUAUAUUUCCCAUUGUGGGCAGCGAUGCGCCGGAGACGGUGAACAAUGUGACCGGAAAUAAUGGCAACAUCGACGCCGGAAACGAUGACGGUGUGAACAACCACCGGGAGCAGGCGAAUAACCAGCCAAUGCAACCGCAGCAGACGGCGGCGGCCAUAAAGAUGACUUCUCCCACAACGGCGCUAAAUGCCACCAACAACGUGGAGCACUACAACAACGAUUGUGCCACGAGGCCGGUUCCUGCCACCACUGCAACAUCAGCCGCGGCAACGGCCACAUCCGCAUCCACGGCAACCGGCGACAGCAAUCCGCUGUGGUGGCGUGAGAACCUCAACCUAGACAAGUCCAAGCUGGUACUGAUUGGCUUCAGCAAGGGCUGCGUCGUGCUCAAUCAAUUCAUCUACGAGUUUCACUAUCUGAAAACACUGACGCCCGACGACAGCAGCAUGUGCCGACUGCUCUCCCGCAUCUCGGACAUGUACUGGCUGGAUGGCGGGCACGGGGGCCAGAAGAACACAUGGAUCACCUCCCGCAGUCUACUGGAGACGCUCACGCGCAUGGCAGGCAUGAACAUCCACGUUCACCUGACGCCCUACCAAGUGCAGGACGAUCGCCGACCCUGGAUUCGCAAGGAAGAGAAGCUGUUCACGGAGAUGCUGAGGCGGCUGAAUGCCCCGAUUACCCGGCACUUGCACUACGACAACCAGCCUGCGAACCUAAUGACCCACUUUGAGGUGCUUCAGGCUUUCUGCCAGCAUGUUCAUGCCCUGAACCAGCAGCAACAACAGCUCCAGCAGCAGCAGCAGCAACAGGGUGUGGGGAUCAGCGAGCAGUCGGCGGCGACUGUGGCCACCAACAAUGGUAGCAACAGUCUGUUGGAAGCCGGCGAGGAGGCAAAGUGA